GCCAGGAAAGGCUAGGGAAGCGCUGUCUCCAUUUUGUCGGGGUCCGCUGCGUCUGCGACGUUGUGGAGAUGGGGAGCGUCCUGGGGCUGUGCUCCAUGGCGAGCUGGAUACCAUGUUUGUGUGGCAGUGCCCCGUGUUUGCUGUGCCGAUGCUGUCCUAGUGGAAACAACUCCACUGUAACGAGGCUGAUCUAUGCACUUUUCUUGCUUGUUGGAGUGUGUGUUGCAUGUGUAAUGUUGAUACCAGGAAUGGAAGAACAACUGAAUAAGAUUCCUGGAUUUUGUGAGCAUGAGAAAGGGGUCGUCCCGUGUAAUGUUCUGGUUGGCUAUAAAGCGGUUUACCGUUUGUGCUUUGGCUUGGCCAUGUUCCAUCUUGUCCUCUCUCUGCUAGUGAUCAAAGUGAAGAGCAGCAGUGACCCGAGAGCUGCAGUGCACAAUGGAUUCUGGUUCUUUAAAUUUGCUGCAGCAAUUGCAAUUAUUAUUGGGGCUUUCUUCAUUCCAGAAGGAACUUUUACAACUGUGUGGUUUUAUGUAGGCAUGGGAGGUGCCUUUUGCUUCAUCCUCAUACAGCUGGUCUUACUCAUUGAUUUUGCCCAUUCGUGGAAUGAAUCAUGGGUUGAAAAAAUGGAAGAAGGGAACUCAAGGUGUUGGUAUGCAGCUUUGUUAUCAGCUACAGCUAUGAAUUAUCUGCUGUCUUUAGUUGCUAUCAUCCUAUUCUUUGUUUAUUAUACUCAUCCAGCCAGUUGUUCAGAAAAUAAAGCGUUCAUCAGUGUCAACAUGCUCCUCUGCCUUGGUGCUUCUGUAAUGUCUAUACUGCCAAAAAUCCAAGAAUCACAACCGAGAUCUGGUUUGUUACAGUCUUCAGUCAUUACAGUCUACACAAUGUAUUUGACAUGGUCUGCUAUGACCAAUGAACCAGAAACAAACUGCAACCCAAGUCUGCUAAGCAUAAUUGGGUACAAUACAACAAGCACUAUCCCAAAGGAGGGGCAGUCUGUCCAGUGGUGGCAUGCUCAAGGAAUCGUAGGACUAAUCCUCUUUUUAUUGUGUGUGUUUUAUUCAAGCAUCCGUACCUCAAACAAUAGUCAGGUUAAUAAACUGACUCUAACAAGUGAUGAAUCAACAUUAAUAGAAGAUGGUGGAGCCAGAAGUGAAGGAUCACCAGAGGAUGGAGAUGAUGUUCACCGAGCUGUAGAUAAUGAAAAGGAUGGUGUUACUUACAGUUAUUCCUUCUUUCACUUCAUGCUUUUCCUGGCCUCACUUUAUAUCAUGAUGACCCUUACCAACUGGUACAGGUAUGAGCCUUCUCGUGAGAUGAAAAGUCAGUGGACAGCUGUCUGGGUGAAAAUCUCUUCUAGUUGGAUUGGCAUCGUGCUAUAUGUUUGGACACUGGUGGCACCACUUGUUCUUACAAAUCGUGAUUUUGAUUGAACAGGACUUCCGGCAUGAAAGUCCCAUUUUGAUCAUUGCUUAUUUGAAAUUAACAGUAUUCCCAACUUUUGUAAAGUUGUCUAUGUGUGGCUUCCCAUGUAACUUCUCCAGUGUUCUGGCAUGAAUUAGAUUUACCGCUUGCCACUGUAUUCAUUAUAUUCUUGCCAAGCGCAUUGAUACGUGUUUUAGAAUGAGUUACAAAGGGACAGUUUUAUGAGUAUGGUGGUGAGUUAGGAAAAGUGGACAUUGUUAGGUUUAUCUUUUGCUCUGUACCUGUGAAAAUAAAAGUGAAAACCAAACUGCUUGACAGUUUGAUUUUUAAAGUAUGUUAGAACUUAAGCUUUUUCAAAUGGAAAUGUAUGGCUGCCUUUUGAAAUAUCUGAUGCCUUGUCCUACAGGAGAUUGCAAAGAAUGUGGCUAAAGUUGUAUAAACAAGCCACUUAAAUGCCAGUUGUCUGAAAAAUCUUUUUAGGUUUUUCCCUUGAUAGGAAGAUAAGGAACUUAUUACAGGUAGGGAGUGGUUGUUGGACAACAAUGUAGGUUAUGAUGGAGAUUGAGACACAGAGCCUUCAAAGAAAGUCAGAUUGGUGAUGGUGGGUACUAAAUGGAAUACCCAGUUAGGCUGUAAUCUUCCCUGGAUAGGGGUGGCCUUCCUUACCAACAUAGUGAACUUUGUUUUGGUCUUUAUAAAUACAUGCAAAAGUAUGGGUUCAAUGGAGAUGUUAGGAACUCUGAAGGAUUUAGACAAAAGUUUUGAAAAGGAUAAUCAUGGGUUAGAAGGAAGUUGUUGAAAAUCACUUUGAAUGUUCGUUUUGAAAAUCAAAGGUGAUAAACUUUUCAUUCAGGACAGGAAGAAACUGCAAAAUAUUAGGCUUCAGUAGAUACUUAGACAAAAUCUAGUCCAGUCCUCUCGUUUGAAUAAUGAAGAAACAGAAACACAGACUUAAAGAGUUUAGAUAGCUAAUUAGUGGCCAAGCUGGGAAAUCCCAAGUCUGCCAAAAAUAGCUGGCAUUCUUUCUGGUAUUCAAAAAUAAUUUCUGUUCAGAAGAAGACAUGUAUAAUAGAGUUUACACCUUAUUAAUGGUGGACAAUUUAUGUUAUGUGGAUUGCUGGUGUCCAGGAUGCCUCCACCCAUAAACUGAGGCCAGGAGAAUGAUGGAUUGAUGUAGAAUAAAUCCUGCUUACAGUACGCUAUACAGUUCAAAAGAUGUUUAAAAUGCUUUUGUAUUUGCUGCCAUAUAAUUAAAAUAUAUAGGUUAUUAUAAUCUUUCAACCUGAAAAUCAAGCUGUAUGAUAGUUACCUUAGAUAGAAACUCUUAGUUACUUGUGUCAUUGGUGUCUUAAUAAAUUGUAAAUUCUA